ACCGCCGGAGUGUGUUUUUCUCUCCUCAUCCUUACAUUCCCUUCAUUUAUUCAGUAGCUCCCGAGAGCGCUUCCCACAGCACAAGAACUCUCACACACUUCAGAUAUCAGCCACAUUCACUGCACGGGAGCGAAAUGGUGAGGACUCAGAGGCAACGAAGAGAGCUGAAGGCCGAGGACUUGUUUCUGGAGUCCGAGACGUCUUUGGAUCAGCCAGACUUUGAGAUGUCCACCUGUCCUUUCAAUGACGUCUUCAACUCCAGAGACUCUUCCAUGUUAAACACUUUCCUGACAAAUGUGCAGGUUUUACUGGAGGCUGCGCGUUUUAUUGAGAGCGCCGAGAGGAAGGAUGGAAAGAGUGAACACGGAUAUGCCUCGACCUUUCCGUCUAUUGAGCACUCCAGCUACCAGAGACAAAGGAAACUCCGAAACAAAAAGUUCAGCAACAACCACAACAGGUCCACACACAAUGAGCUAGAGAAAAAUCGGCGAGCCCACCUUCGUUUGUGUCUGGAGCGACUGAAGACUCUCAUCCCACUGGGACCAGACUGCAGCCGCCACACCACACUGGGACUGCUCAACAAGGCCAAAACACACAUAAAGAAACUGGAGGAAGCGGAGCGUAAGUCUCAAAAUCAGUUGGAGAGUUUGGAGAGAAAGCAACGUCACCUCCAGAGGCGACUGGACCUGCUGCGGGGCGGCGGGGGUGUGCUGGAGGGCGAGAGGAUACGCACUGACAGUGUAGGCUCCGCCCUCAGCUCCGAGAGAUCCGACCGCUCCGACUCAGACCAAGACACAGAAGAGAUGGAGGUGGACGUGGAGAGCACAGAGUUCUCUAAUGGAGAGCUGGACAGCGUCAGCACAGCCAGCACCAGCGAUCUGGACGACCACAGCAGUCUACAGAGCACUGCCAGCGAUGAGGGCUACUCCUCCUGCAGCAUCAAACUGGCCUUCAGCUCAUAAAACGAGCUCCCCUUUACACACACACACACACACACACAGUCCCAGCCCUCAAAGUGAGUCCUGCCUCCAAGCCACCUUUCCCUCCUCGACCAAUCAGAGACUCUUAUUUAAGUCAGGUGACCAAAACACCACCCGCCCUACAGAAUGCCUGGUGUUUUAAGUUUGUGAAUGUAUCUGUGAGAAUAUGAAUGAGAUGGAAACAAUCUGUGAUUGUGAUUUUUUUUAAAAAUUGGGUUAGAUGGUUAUAUUCCUGAAUAAGAGACUUUUCUGAUAAUUGUCAUUAUCUGUAUCCCCCUUUUCCGAAAGGAAAGCUAAGAUGUAUAAAAAUAGAUGUUUAAUUUUUAAUCCAAACCCCUGAUUGUUAAUUCUCUACAUGAAUGGGUCUUGAACUGGUCACUAGUGAAACAUUCAACUAAACCCACCCAAAAUUGGAUCACUUCACACGUGUAACUCCAUAUCAACACAAGAAGCCCCACACCUGUUGAUUUCCUUCCCAUCCGGUCUAAUGGUUCUAACGAGGACUGUCAUUGGUGCUACGUGACAAAACCAGUAAAGCAGAAAGAUCUACUGCAUUCAUCAAAGAUGACGGAAAAACUACAAUCCCAUGGCUGUGGGAAUUUCUGGUGCAUUAAACCGUGGAGCUACUUUCCACGCAGCAGCUAAAACCCAGCGAUCUUGCACUCGUCCGCAUAGAGCCCGCCGUAGACCCCCGUGUUUAACUAGAUGUCUCUCCUGGCAGAAAUAAGCAAUAAACUCUUGUAGUCUGAUCAACACAUUAGCACUCCUACUCUUGAGACACAACACUUGUGUCCGUCCAAAAGAGCAACGCCAACUUGCUCAUUUUUGUAAAUAAUAUGAUAGUUUAAUAAAUUAAAGUUAAAAUAAAAGCUGAGUUAGGUAGUUACCCAUGGGUAGAACUUGCCUCUGUUGCUGUAUGUCAUGUGUUUUGUGCAUUUUAAAUUAUAUUUUUGCAAAGAUUGACUAUCUUCCUGCUUGAGAGUCUUCUGAGGUGGCACGGACAGUGUUAUUUGUUCAUUAUGCUGGAUGAAACCGAAGUAGUUUAAUUCUGUGGCCUCCCGAGGAAUUUGACGACUUUCUUUAAAACUAAACAACCGACACACUGAAGUACUUAAAAUCCGACACAAGAACGAGUGACCACAGGUAGUGGUCGUGGACAUGUGAUUUAAGCAUGCUAACUCUGAGUGGUGCUCUUUAUUUAUUCGAUUAAUGUUUUGAAUUUUAUUCGUUUUAAAGCUGAAAGGCAUUCCACUACGUGUCGCGUGCUGUGGACGCCGAGCUGCGCAUGCGCGUCAAAAUAGCCGCGAACUCUCGCUUCCCGCUCUACUGUGUCAAACACAUUAAUUUCUUUAUUUUGUGUUAGAAGAAUCAUUCAUACUAAAUUAACUUUCUUCAAGUCGUAUUUAUUUUCUCCCCUUGAUCCGAAGAUCGGAGGAAAGGGUUAAUUUAUUUCAUUCGUCAAAUCUUUGAUGGCACUCUCCAUUUUAGUUUCCCAAUUCUCUUCUAAACCAUAACCUCACUCCGUCUGUGAUUUUAUUAUUUUUAUUUUAUAUUUCCUCCCCAAAUGCAGGGCUGCUUUAUUUUUUUAGUGCGUUUUAAAGCCAAGUUUAAUUUGUAAACGUUCUGCUUGCAUUAAGAGCAGCACAGACAUCUGCUAGGUGUCCCGAUCCAGCAUCAACCACAUGCUUUUUGGCUGCUGAACGUCCCAUAUGUGUGGAGAAGAUGUAAUCACCCCUGUAAAGAUAGCUUUAGUGGUUGUUUUAGUCGGGUGUAAAUCCAUUGUUUGGAACAAACUGAGGUGAGCGUCACGGAGGCGUUUUCACGUGCGUUGGUGCUCGAUCAACACCUGGCCAAACCUCUGCUGUCCUCCUGACAAGAGGCCAUGUUGCUUUUGUCUAUCAUUUUCAUUCAUAUUGGUUUAUUGGUUUAUGAAUCUGCAGGGCCCAUACUGAGAUGCCGGUGUUUUUUGUUUUGUUUUAUUGCAUUUAAUUUGUGAAGAGAACGGACCGUGUCCUGUUGAGGCCACCAUGUACCAAUCCAGGCCCGAAUUCAAAGACACUUCCCAGAGAAGUGGUGCUGGUCUGGGAUCAGCUCUCAGUCGCCCCGGAGAUAAAGAAAAAUGCUAAGCGGAUCCUGAAACUGCAUCUGUGUUUUGUCAAAAGACUCAAGGGUCUGUUAGAGGAGAAGCUUCUCCACUGGGAAGAACUUGUGGCCAUUCUUUGUAAACAUGCACUCUUGAUUCUAGCUGUGAGUUUAAAUGCAAUACUUAACAAUAAACACCAAGAUUGUCAAAAAAA